AUGAAGCUUAAUAAACAGCUGGAAGAGAAAGUAAAAAACUGUACAUGCAAGAAACCUGUUAAUGAGCUGCUAUUAAAUUCUGAUGAAGAUGUUAUGUUUUAUACUGGAAUUACUUCCAGAAUAUUAUUCGAUAAACUAUGUUCGUAUAUUACACCAUAUGUCAAACGUAAAUGGAGAGGACUUAAAGAAACCAAUAUUACCCUAGUUAGAAAAUAUAAAAGGACACCAAAUAAAUCUGGUCCUAAAUCAAAGUUAUGUGUCAAAGAUGAGUUCCUGUUAAUGCUAAUGAAAAUUAGGCUUGGAUUAUUAGGGCAAGAUUUAGCUCAAAGAUUUGGUAUUUCUGCUACUAUAUCUAGUCGCAUAUUUGCAACUUGGGUAAAAGCAACAGCAAGUGUAUUGAAAUCAUUUGUUUACUUUCCUGAUUAUGGACAUAUUGCUGCUACAAGACCUCCAAGAUUCAGAGAUGUUCAAAAUCUUCAUUCAAUAGCUGAUGACAAAGAAUUAACAAUACAAUCUGGAUACUUAGACUUUGUUGAACCAUAUACAGAUGUAAUGGUUGAUAAAGGAUUCAAUAUUGCUGAUGAAUGUGCAGCUCGCUGUAUCAAUAUAAUUGUUCCACCAGGUAAAAGAGGUCAGAGCCAAAUGUCACAAGCAGAUGUUAGAAAAACCACUAAAAUUGCAAAGUUGCGAAUUCUGGUUGAACAAGUUAUUUCUCGUUUGAAAAAGUUUCACCUCAUUGCAAAAGAAGUUCCUAUAACUCUUUUAUGUCACUUAGAUGACAUCAUUAUAAUUUGUGCAGCCUUAUGUAACCUCAAAAAGCCGAUAUAUGGAAAGUAA